UGUUGUCAAAAUUGCGUGGUUGAUGUAAUACUUGCACAGUGAAUAAGCGGCACAUGCAUGAUGCAAAAUAUUCAAAUAAUCAUACUUACUACUUCAGGACAUGCAAUCAACCAUAAACGCAACACUGGUAACAUUACUUGUAAGGAACAUUGUAUUGAAUUGGUGCACUGACUUGAAGAUUCGUGCAAAUGUUUCGUGUAUUUAUUGAACGUAGUUUGUUGGACUAUAAAAGGUCUUCAUAGGCCUAAAUAGUGAUGGCAGGGCCAACAUUACCUGAGCGGGUGGCUCAAAUCUACUAUACCUACGGUCUAUUUUGUUCAUCGUAUCCCUUAGUUGCGAUUGGAUUCGCUUUAUCAGUUGUGUUGCUGUGUUGCUAUCCAUUAUUGAAUGUGCCGCUCCCAGGUAACAUUCCAACAGUCAUUAAUUUGCCAUGGCACAUGGACAACAUGCAACAUUUACCUCAAGCUGACUGUUCUACCAAUGAAUGCUCACAAGGUUCACCUAUGCAAUUAGACGUCUUGCUCAACGAAACCCACAAACUUCCAUAUUUAUGGGCAAAAGAUAAACCUCUUAUUUACGUGCAACAAAUUGUCAUGAAAAUAGGUGUCUCACCAUGGAACAGUAAUUUAAAAAUGUGGGAUGCAUUUCGUGCUCCGCUUCAAGAAGUCUUUCGACUGCUUGAGACUAUAAGAAAUCAUGAAGAUCCUGAAACGAAAAGCACUCUACUGCAGCACUGCUACCAGAUCGAGGGCGUGAAGCGCAUCAGCGAAAAGCCUGGGGCAGAGCAAGUGCUGCCUGAAUACAGCUGCCUGCUGCUGUCGCCCGCCAACCUGUGGCAGCAGAGCCUGCAGUCCUUCUCGCUCGACGCCAACAUCGUCAACACCGUCUACAAGUACCAGAAAGGCAAGCCGCUCGCCGAGAUGUCGUUCGGCAUGCAGCUGCGCGACACGGGCAUCAAGCGGUACCCGCUGCGCGCGCGCCCGAGAGUGCUUCAGUACGCCAUCACAAUCUUUUACCAGAACCCCGAGCAAAGAUUUCUCGAUUCACUUUCCAAAAAGUUGAAGGAAAUGUACCCUCUUUAUCAAGAAUCUUACACACACGUGGACGAAGCGAAGAUCAUAUACUAUCCAGGCCAGUUCAACUAUCGCGAGCUGGUUCCAUUGCUGAUAACAUUCGUCGGAAUAUUUCUAUAUGUUUAUUUUUCCGUGAGGAAAAUUGAAUUCAUAAAGUCUAAACUGGGACUGGCUGCCAGCGCCGUAGUCACUGUAGCAGGAAGUUUAUCGAUGUCAAUGGGCAUUUGUUUUUACUUCGGGUUUUCUUUGAGUCUGCAGGGAAAAGAGAUCUUCCCAUAUCUCGUCAUAAUAAUGGGCCUCGAAAAUGUGCUGGUGUUGACAAAAAGCGUCACAUCGACAGACUCGCGACUCGACGUCAAAAUUCGGCUCGCUCAAGGGCUGAACAAAGAAGGUUGGUCGAUUACCAAGAACCUGCUGACCGAAAUCACAAUUUUCACCGUCAGUUUCUUCACAUUCGUCCCAUUUAUCCAAGAGUUCGCCAUAUUCAUGAUAGUGAGUCUGAUAUCCGACUACUUCGUUCAAAUGGUAUUCUUCGCUACGGUGCUCGGCAUAGACGUGCGGCACAUGGAAUGCUUGCAAGAUCAAAACAACAAGUUGCAUCUGAAGGAUUAUUUCAACGCGAACAACGCGCUGAAUUGGCGCUUCAGUAAGAAUUACGGUGACGAGAACGUGUCGCCGCAGAAGAUGAAGAAGUCGAAGUCGCACCCUCGGCUGAACGGGUUGGCGCAGAACAGCCCGACGGACGUGGUGGCGAAAAGGAACGCGAGUCCGGGCCAUCAGGAUAAUCGGGUGCCGAAGCGUAUUCGUUUGGUGAAUUUGUGGGCGCGGACUCGUUUUUUCCAGAGGGCGUUUAUGUUGUGGAUGCUGGUGUGGAUAUCGAUGAUCGUGUACAACUCGGGGGUGGUGGAUUACUUCAUCUCCGGCGGGGAGAAGGGGGAGGGGGAGGCGGGGGUGCGGCGGGCGCGGCCGGCGCGGCAGGCGGUGCUGGUGGCCUUCAACAACAGCGAGCUGGUGUUCUCGCCGCUGCCGCGUGCGGGUGAGGAGCGCGCGCCCGUCGACGCCAACGACACCAUCAUGCUGAAGCACUCGCCACACUCUCGGCCGUGGUCCAGAGUGUCCCCGUACCACUGGUCGGGCAUCCUGUCGCAGUACAACGAGUCGGUGGCGGGGCGUUUCGCGGUGCUGUUGCCGCCGCUGCUGCUCAGCCACCGCGUGGCGCCCGAGCUGGCGGUCGGUCUGCGCGCGCCCGACGAGCGCGACCCGCCGCCGCUGCGCUGGCAGGCGCUCGCCGCCGCGCUCGACCCCAUCGAUAUCAUGCCAGACUUUGAGCUGAUCGAAAGCAAGAAUCAGCCCCACCAAUGGGGCAAAGGAACCGACCUGCCCAUCUACCCUACCACACCGAUGGAAAUCCUGCUACUGGCGAUCCUGUGCACUAUAAGCGUCGCCGUCAUAGCUUACAUGAUGGUCGUGCUUUACAGAUGCGUGUGCUCCCGGCAUUACGCGGAAUGGCGGGCGUCGUGGAACGAAGACGACGAGAACAGGAAGAUUCUCGCCAAGCAACCGGCUGUCCAGUUGGUAAUGGAGGCGGUGCCGCUAGUGGUGGCCGGCCACGUGCAGGAGGUGGAAUGCCUGGUGACGGACGGCGAGAAGGUGGUCAGCUCCUGCCUGCAAGGCAACAUCAAGGUGUGGGACUCGCAGAACGGGGAGAUCGCCACCAACAUCGACAGAUGCGCAUUUUUCAAAUUGCAAAAUGAACUUUGUGGCAAAAUCCAAUCUAAGAAAACCAACUAUCCCGAAGCUAUAGAAGUUGUGCCAACUGCAGACCCUAAUCGUGAUCAAAAUGAGGGCAUGCCACGGCUCCGCAAAGGUCUGAGCACGCAUCUGAGCGGGCUGCGGUUCCGACCCGUGGCGCGCGACUCGCCGCCGCACCUUUCUGUGGCGGAAACCACCAAAUAUGACUUCGCCAAAAAUUACAGAGAUCUUUACUGCAGCGACCAACACGACGAUUUGUAUAGUAGCUACGAAUCCAAAGAAAACGUGGACACUAGCAAUAUAAAUAUUAUUCAUCGUGACUCAUUAAAUAGUGCAGUGAAAGACAGUGAAAUGUGCGACGAUAACAUUUACAUUACGCAGACGAACGAUAGUGUCGUGCCUAGUUUACGGAAUAGGAAUAAGAGUAGGUUUGUGUGUAAUAGUGGUGCUGAAAACGUUAGGACAGAGUGUGAAGUGACGAACACGGAGGCUGUGACAAACUCAAAUCCAAAGGGGACGCCUAUAACAGAAUCUCCAGUAUGGUGCAUGGACUUUUGCAAUGAUUUAAUUAUAUUAGGGUGUGCAGACGGCAGAAUCGAGUUUUGGGAGGCGAGCUCUGGGAAAUUCAUGUGCGUGUAUUGGGGCGCGGCACGGCAGGCGGGCGUGACGCACGUACGGGCGCUAGCGGGCGCGCGGCGCGUGGUGGCGGCGUCGCUGGCGGGCGCGCUGACGCUGCUGCGGCUCGACGCCUACAACGCGGCCUCGGGCGCGCACGUCGACUGGCGCUUCAGCACCGCGCACCGCCGCACGCACAAACGCACGGGCUCGGCGGGGUCGCUGCGUGCGUGCGCCGAGGAGCAAGCGCCCGCGCGCAUGAGCUUCGCCUACGGUGCCGACAUCUCCGACGGAGAAGAGGUGGUGUGCGUGCGGCUGGCGCACUGCAGGCCGCACCAGCAGCCCAUCACCGAGAUGCACUCCGAAGGCGGCCGCGUGCUCACCGGCGGACAGGACCACGUGCUCAAGGUGUUCUCGAGCGCAGACCUGAGCGCGCUGUUCACGCUGCACGGGCACUGCGGGCCCAUCACCAGCUGCUUCAUCGACCGCGCCACGCCCACGAUCGCCGGCAGCGGCUCGCAGGACGGCCUGCUCUGCGUCUGGGACCUGCACACCGGCGCAUGCCUGUACAGUAUGCAAGCUCACGACGGCGCGGUGACGUCACUGGCCUACACUGCGUCGUACGUCGUGUCGGCGGGCGCGGACGAGCGGCUCUGCAUCUGGGACCGCUUCCAGGGACACAUGCUGAACUCCGUGCACAUCGGCCUCAACUACAUGAGCCGCAUGCUGCCGCUGACGCACACGAUGCUGGUGAUGGGCGACCGGAGCGGCCUCACCGCCUACGACCUCAGCAGCGGCGACGUCAUCCGCAGGGUGCUCUUCGGCCAGAGCGACGGGUGCAUAUUUGUGCGACAGAUCCUGCCUCUGAAAGAUGCGAUCGUGUGUGACUACGCCAACCAGCUGCGAAUAGUAAGGUUCCCUUUGGUGUCCAGCCUCGCCAGCACAAAAUGCGACUGAGUUACAUUACAUAUCCGACUCAAACAGUAUUGGUCGCGCAACAAAUGUUGAGGUGAACACACACUCACACAGGUGCAAUAUUUGAAUACAGAAAAUAUAGUCAGAAUACGCAAGAUUUCAGCACGUCAAGCGUAUACAGAUACAAAACCUUGCUUGUGUCAUGAUCUCAACUCUCGUUGCGCGACCUGUAACUAUCAUACCGUUUAGGUAACUAAAGGACGUCGCACAUUUAUCAACCCGGAAAGGGAUCGUAACCUUAUCAACUCGAGGUGGUCAGUAUUCUUUGUAUGAAACUCCAUACUGCAACGCUCACUUAUCCGCACCGUAACGUAAACGCCUCGCCUCGCGAUUGACAGCGCGCGAAAGGCGAUGGUGUUGAUCCCUUUCCGAGUUUAUAAGUCUGCUAUGAACUUUAUACUACGCUGUAACUUACUAUCCAACCAAACAAACAAAAACGAAAGACUUUCACUGUGUCUUACUAAUCUUCAGAAAUAAUAAUAUAUUGUUUGUAUCGUUGACGAUUACAAAUUUAAAUGUAUUUAUAGUUCCAAAAAUGUAUAUUUAUUGUUAUAUGAAUUACCGGUCCGAUGUAGUUUUUUCGAUGUUGCAACUUUAUGUCACAUUCAAAUACAAAGUUCUCUUUGUAGCUAUGAAAGUAGCAUUAUCGUUAUUUUAGGAAUAAGUAACUUGUUUGAUACGCAACAGAAAUAUAUUUUAAAAUAAUUAAAUGGCUCUCUUAAUCAUUAAAGAAUAUUUAAAGUAACAAGUUAAAGGAUCAGUUAUUAUUUUAUUAUUUACUGUUUUGGUAAAUCUAGCAUAUCACAUGGACAAAUGAUGAAAUAAAAAGUGUGCCUACCAAGAUUUUAAACCUAUUUUGGAUAAAAUUAAUUCAUCAAUCUAAAUACUGAUCAUCAAGUUUAAAAUUGGCGAGAGAUUUUUUUUAAUUUGGUAGGACUGUUAUUAUAAUGUCAGCUUAUCGCUGACUACCAUAAUUAAUCUUAUCAGUAUCUCGUAUGUAUUCGGAUAGACCGUUAUGAUUUAUGACUAACCAUACUAGCACGACAAUAAUUCAAAAUUAAUGCAUAUUUUUAAACGAACAGUUUUGUAUCCGUAACCAUCAAAGAUCAAAGCUUAUCUAAUUCUAGAUUUAUAUUAAUUUAUUUAUUUCUAUGUACGAUGGGUUCCCAAUUGUCUAAUAUCCAAUUUUACAAUGCAUCACAUCAAAAUAGUGACUAUAAUGUCAAUUGAAGUGCUUCCUCAAAAUUUAGUUCAUCAAUAGUUUGUGCAUUUUCCCGAGUUCUUCCUAAACGCCGUGGUAGAUUUAGUUCAGAUCAAACCAAAAGGGUAGUUCCCAUUUGUUUUACCUUUGGGAUUGGUCUACCUACCAGUUCCAUCCAUGCCCGUUUAACCUAAACCCAGUUUAAGGCCCGUAUCAUGAAAUGACCAAAAUAUGAACCAAAAAUUCAUAGACUCCAGUCUUUUGUAAUCCAGUUUAAUUGAAAUCUUGUGCUUUCUUUCAUAAUACGAGCCUGCGAUUUUUUGUCAAAUUUGUCAAACAACCACACCUUCCUAUAUCUACCUCUCCUUUAAUAAACAAUGCCGUUUAUAUGGCAACUUCCAUAAUGAAUGAUCCAAAAACGAAAAGAACAAAACAAUUUAAAGCUAUUAAUACAAUUUACUAUGUCACCUUCCUAUUCCAUACAAAUAAAGCAUUCGUUGUUUAAAACGAAUGGUUACUGUGUAGUUUAUUUAUUUUCUAUAUUAUUUAUUUCUGCAGAAUUGCAGUUUAUUAUACCUAUGCUCUAGUCUAAAUUUAAGUUUUUUUGUAUAAAAAAAUAAUAUAGUAUACAUUAUAUCAUGACUAUACUCGGUUACGUUUAAACGGAGGCUAUAAUGAUUGGCCUUGACUUGUCGUCCAGAACAAUAGGACAAAACGUCCCCAGAACUGUAGCACUUUAAUACCUACCUUAUUAUGAUAGACCAUGCUAAUAAAAUUAAUGUAAUAAGUAGGUUAAAAUUAAUUUAAUCGAGUUGUCGAAGUGUCGUAGGUUCCAGCAGUCGUGGCACCGUUUGAAGUAAGUCAAAAGUGUUGAGUGUUGAAAAAAUCGAGUUGUCACAGUCGUCCAGUUGUCGCAGGAGUCGAUUUGUCCCGGGGUUGAGCUGUCGUGAUACCAUUUUAUGUUUGUCAAAAGUGAUUUAAUGUGUAUUUUUUGAGGGUUGAUUAUCAUUUUUUAUUUUUUGACAUAACUUUUUUCUGAGACAAAUAUCAGACUUGAGCUGUCAUAUAAUAAAAUUAUAGUAUUAGCAUGUUUAAUAUAAAAGCUUGUAAUUGUAAGGUAGAGGGCUACAGUUCUGGGGACAAAGCUCACACAUAAUGUCCCAUUGAUCUAUUAUUAUUAGAAUUAUUGAACUUCAAUUCGCACAAAUCUUAUUAGAAGUCCUAAAAAAAUACAUUUAAUGUAAAUCUUCAUCCAUGCGGCAAUAGACAAUAGUAGAAGAUCCGAAUUAGCCUACACCCAUCAGGUUAUUUUUAGUCGCGACAUAUUUUUAACAUGCUAAAAUUGAUUUAAAAUACCUUUAAAUGAAUAAACAGAUGGUUGCAGAUCGCUUCUAGUUCGGAUCUUAGACCAUGUCGCAUCGAGAAUAGAUCUCGAUCUAUAGGUACACUGCAUUUUUUAACAGUCAUAUACAUCGAGAUGUAUGACUAUUAAAGUAUAUGACUUAAAAAUGCAGUGUAAUAAUAGAACAGUGCAUAUCACGUUUUAUCUCGCACUCACACUGGUUAUGGGUGACGUCACACAGAGGCAGGCAUAGCGUUAAUUAUAGUACGUAAUUAUUAAUAAAAUAUCGGCAAGUGUGCAUCCCUGUUUCAAAAAUUACUUAUGGCCCCGCCUGCCAUGAGUCUGCGUUGAGUAUAGCAUUGUUAGCGAUACAAACGCGGAGCUUGUGAAAAUCGCCGAUGCAAGUCAAUGAUAAAUUUUAAUGACGUUAACUUCUUUGUUAUUACUUUCGGUGAAUUGCGACUAUAAUGAAAUAGAAUUAUUAUAUUCGUUUCAUACAAUCGAUGAUAUUCUGAACAAAACGAUUUAAAUAAACGUUUUAAAUUUUAAAUAAACGUUGUUUAAGAAGUCACUAACACAAUCAAUGUAAGUAGGCUUUUACCAGUCUGAAUGAAGUACUAAAACAAACAACAGUUUUUAACCGACUUCAUACGAAACAUGUAUCAAAACAAUAUUAUGCUCGGGAAUUCGGGAUUUUCAUUAUAAAAGACAAGUCAUGGUGGCUAAUAUUUUAUUCCUCACACAAACAAACAUUCUCAUCAAUUUAAACACAUAACAAUAAAGAUAUUUCAUAAGCAUAAAAUAUCAUUUAAAAUACAUAUUAAAAAUUUAAGCCUGGUUACACACUAUCAAGUUUGUAAGAUCACGUUGACAGACUAAUGACAGUCUAUAAUAAAUUGCGACUAUAGUCUAUCCAAUAUAGCUUGAUUAGAAUGACAGCUGCCAUCAAAAGUAACAACAUAACUUUGUAGUAGCGAUCAAUGAGAGCUAAAUAUUGGCGGACGUGAAAUAAUUCACGUCUGACCUACAAACAAUAUUUUCAACGACAGUGCUUCCAAUAAAAAUGUUAAUUUCGUGUAAAUGCAGCGUUAAAUUACACCAAUAAGUAGUAAUUCGAAAUCAUAAAAAUCAAGCUAGAUUAUUAACGACGUCUCUACAAGGUUAUCUCGAGUUACAAAAAUGUUAGUGAUGGGACAUAUCGACAAAUGUCAUAUUAAAAUUAAAACUAUUUUUUUUUUCCAUAUUUAAGUCAAGUUAUACGUUUUUCUAAAUGUUCACUAUUAAAAACCAAAAAACAUUUCAUUCUUAAAUAAGCAAACAUCGGAAAUCAAUCACCGGUAAUUUUUUGGGUAUU